AUGUCACGAAAAACGCUAGAACGCGUCGUUUUCGCAACUCUAGGUGCCUUGGGUGCAUUUAUUGCGGUCGCUUACCACGACCUAUACCAACAACACCAACAAAAAAAGCAAGGCUCGGCGAUAAAACCUAUUACUACUCCUCAACCACCACCUGUGACUCCGUCUCCUACAAUUCCUUUAGCACAAAAAAUCCGCGCUGCUAAAGAAUCUAUUUUGCCGUUUGGUUUCGCUGGACCAAUAAAUGACACAUUAUACAGAACUGCAUAUAUCAGUUCAUAUAACCGCCAGCUUCGCAAUCCAAACUGGGUAGCUGAGCACAUAACGAAUGAGUCGCUUACGCAGGGUGAUGGCGUCGAACGCACAAAAUCAACAUUCCGUGAAGAUUUCAAUAUCCCAGAGAAAUUUCGAGCCACGUUGAAAGAUUAUUUUAGAUCUGGGUAUGAUCGUGGUCAUUUGGUCCCGGCUGCUGAUGUCAAAUUUUCACAGGAAGCAAUGGAUGAGACUUUUUUCUUGACGAAUAUCUCACCUCAGGUUGGCGAUGGAUUCAAUCGAGAUUAUUGGUCUCAUUUGGAAGAGUUUUGUCGUCGUCUAGUCAGAAACGAAGGAUUUAAAGAUGUCUAUGUCUUCUCUGGUCCAUUAUACCUACCAAAACAAGAAGACGACGGAAAAUGGUACGUUAAAUACGAAGUAAUUGGUCAAGGACACAACGUCGCCGUCCCGAACCAUUUUUUCAAAGUGAUUCUAGCAACCAAGGACAACCAAAAAUACGCAUUAGGCGCAUUUAUACUUCCGAAUAGGCCGAUACCGAAUCACGUCCCUUUACAAAGACACGAAGUUCCAUUGGACGUCAUUGAACGAGCAGCCGGUCUCACGUUUUUCGAGUUGCUUGAUAAAGAGGCGAUAGCGCCGCUAUGCACUGUUUCUAAAUGUGUGCUUGUGGCGCAUCCUAAAUAUUUAAAGCAAAAAAAUUUGAAAGCUUUACCACAACCGGGUACAGAAGACAGUUGA